AUGUCUGCCGUGACACAGCACAACCUCGAGACGCCUUCUAAGAAGGUCGCCGCUGGCCUCGCCGGCAUGGACGUCAACGCCACGCCGUCCAAGAAGCCCGCCGCCAAGCUCAACCUCAACGACGCUGCCGACGACGACUUUUCCGACCCUGGUUUCCUCACCAAGGGCAAGAAGCUCGACCUCGCAUCCAAGACCAACGCCGUCGCCGACUCUGCUGACGAGACCGCCGAGGCCGACGAUGUCCACGGCAAGUUUGUCGGUGAGGUUGACCUCCCCGAGGAGGAGGAGCCCCUUCUCGUUGAGACCUCGCGUCGCUUUGUCCUCUUCCCCAUCCGCUUCCACGAGAUCUGGCAAAUGUACAAGAAGGCCGAGGCUUCCUUCUGGACCGCCGAGGAGAUCGAUCUCUCCAAGGACCUCCACGACUGGGACAACAAGCUCAACGACAACGAGCGCCACUUUAUCUCGCACGUCCUCGCCUUCUUCGCCGCUUCGGAUGGCAUUGUCAACGAGAACCUUGUCGAGCGCUUCAGCUCCGAGGUCCAGGCCGCAGAGGCCCGCUGCUUCUACGGCUUCCAGAUCAUGAUGGAGAACAUCCACUCCGAGACCUACUCGCUCCUCAUCGACACUUACAUCCGCGAGCCCGAACAGCGCGAGCUCCUCUUUGACGCCGUCGAGACCAUCCCCGUCGUCAAGAAGAAGGCCGACUGGGCGCUCCGCUGGAUCAGCGACCGUCGCGCCACUUUCGCCGAGCGCCUGGUCGCCUUUGCCGCCGUCGAGGGCAUCUUUUUCUCCGGCUCGUUUGCUUCCAUCUUCUGGCUCAAGAAGCGCGGCCUCAUGCCCGGCCUCACCUUCUCCAACGAGCUCAUCUCGCGCGACGAGGGCCUUCACACCGACUUUGCGUGCCUCCUCUUCAGCCACCUCAAGAAGCGCGCGCACCCCGACACCGUGCUCAAGAUCAUCACCGAGGCCGUCGAGAUCGAGCAGAAGUUCCUCUCCGAGGCUCUGCCAUGCAGCUUGAUCGGCAUGAACGCAAAACUGAUGUGCCAAUACAUCGAGUACGUCGCAGACCGCCUGCUCACACAGCUCGGCAACGCGCCCCACUUCAACUCGACCAACCCCUUCGACUUUAUGGACAACAUCAGUCUCGAAGGAAAGACCAACUUCUUCGAGAAGAAGGUUGCCGAGUACGCAAAGAGCGGUGUUGCGCGUAGGGAGACCGAGGAGGCUGGCGACGGCACGCAGAAGAACACACAUGCCUUCUCAUUGGAAGAGGACUUCUGA